AUCGCUUUCUCCCAAGUACCUCUCUGUCUUCACCGUUUCUCUCCCCUCUUUCUACACAGCAAACACAUAAUGACAACCGACAUGAUGGCCACCACCCAGAACCAGAAUGCCCUCAAGUAUUGGUCCCCGAUCGCAUAUACUCGGUUCAUGCUCUAUAUCACUGCGUACGUGCUUAGAACGACCGUGCGGCAUUUAUUCGGACGGACACCCAAGGGUCAAAAACUUUUGGAGGGCUACACGAUCCAGGUCCUCAAGCUGGUCAUGGGCACCAGCGUGCUCAACAUUGCUCAGUCCCGCAAAAUGAUGGACGUUUCGAAUGCAGUCGUUCAUCUCCGCAACGGCACCUUCCGACAGAAAUCCAAGGACCAGUGGGCGACCAAGGUCAAGGGCUCAGGAUGGGAAGGCUUCUGGAUUCCAUUUAAGGAUCAAUCUUCCAAGGAAGCACUGAAGAGGGACCUGCAGAAGAACCCCACACCCGCAGAUGUCGGAACUGACUGCGAUAUUAUCAUGUUUGCAAUUCAUGGCGGUGGGAUGGUGAUGGGCGACGCACUCAUGUUCUUGGGUAACUACCGCGCAUGGAUGAAGGAGCUGCAUACAAAGUACAACAUCAAGGCCGCAUUCCUCUCUGUUGAAUAUUCCAUGUCGCCCGAGGUACCAUAUCCAGGCGCAUUGAACGAGUGCGUGGCAGCAUACAGACAUCUGCUUGAGACUCAGCGUGUUGAUCCCCGCAGGAUUGUCAUGUGCGGUGACUCUGCAGGAGGCAAUCUCUGUCUGGCCACGGCUCUCAAGAUCCGUGACGAGUACCCUCAUCUUGGGCUUCCCGCAGGCCAAGUGCUCUUCUCACCCUGGGUUAUGUGCCCCCAGCCCCUCAAGGACUCGCCCGACGACUACAUCUCGAACAGGGGCGGCCGUACCUUUAUGGAAUGUUAUACGCAGAUGCUGGCCAAGGUGCAGACAAGCCCCUAUGCGGCUCCAAUCCGUGCGCAAACCUUGGCAGGCAUGCCACGCAUGCUGGUCUUUAUUGGUGGCAUUGAGACCCUGAGACCCUCCAUUGAACGCUUCGUGGAAAAGGCCACUGCCGAAGGCGUGGAUCUGGAGGUCCACUUGGCGGAAGGCAGAUCGCACGACUAUGCAUUAAUUGAGGAGAUUUCUGGACGAAAGAUUGUGAGAGAGGCAGAUGAGACGGUUGCCAGAUUUGUGGCGAGCACCAGGGAUCGGCACAUUGGAUUGGCUGUUUAAGUAUUGACGACGGAGUGGGCAAAGUAGUUUGAUACCAGUUUGCUAAUAAAGCAGCAAUAUGUAUGUCUUU